GCGUGUCAUGAGCCUCCGGGCCGGAGGCGGCAGCAGCGGGCGGCAGGGCGGACACAAUGUAGCGACGGCGGCCGGGCGGACACAGUGUAGCCGGCGCGGCGGGGGCGAUGCAGGAGGGCGGCGGCCAGGAGGGGUGCUAUGGAACAUGAUGAGAAGCUGGCCCGGUUCCGGCAGGUCCACCUCAACCCCUUCAACAAGCAGCCUGGGCCGAGGCAACAUGAGCAGGAGCCCGGCGAGGGGGCCCCGGAAGUCGCUGUUGAAGAGGCCCUGCCCGAGCUGCAGCCCGCAGAGCCCGAGUUCCGCUGCCCCGAGCGCGUGAUGGAUCUCGGCCUGUCUGAGGACCACUUCUCCCGCCCCGUGGGACUGUUCCUGGCCUCCGACAUCCAGCAGCUGCAGCAGGCCAUCGAGGAGUGCAAGCGGCUGAUUCUGGAGCUGCCCGAGCAGUCGGAGAAGCAGAAGGACGCGGUGGUGCGGCUCAUCCACCUCCGGCUGAAGCUGCAGGAGCUGAAGGACCCCAAUGAAGACGAGCCCAACCUCCGAGUGCUCCUCGACCACCGCUUCUACAAGGAGAAGAGCAAGAGUGUCAAGCAGACCUGUGACAAGUGCAACACUAUCAUCUGGGGGCUCAUUCAGACCUGGUACACCUGCACAGGCUGCUGUUACCGCUGCCACAGCAAGUGUUUGGGCCUCAUCUCCAAGCCCUGCGUGAGCUCCAGAGUCAGCCACCAAGCCGAGUAUGAGCUGAACAUCUGUCCCGAGACAGGGCUGGACAGCCAGGAUUACCGCUGUGCCGAGUGCCGGGCGCCCAUCUCUCUGCGGGGUGUGCCCAGCGAGGCCAGGCAGUGCGACUACACUGGCCAGUACUACUGCAGCCACUGCCACUGGAACGACCUGGCCGUCAUCCCUGCGAGGGUCGUGCACAACUGGGACUUUGAGCCUCGCAAGGUGUCUCGCUGCAGCAUGCGCUACCUGGCGCUGAUGGUGUCUCGGCCAGUGCUCCGGCUCCGCGAGAUCAACCCUCUGCUGUUCAACUAUGUGGAGGAGCUGGUGGAGAUCCGGAAACUGCGCCAGGACAUCCUGCUCAUGAAGCCGUACUUCAUCACUUGCAAGGAGGCCAUGGAGGCCCGUCUGCUGCUGCAGCUCCAGGACCGGCAGCACUUCGUGGAGAACGACGAGAUGUACUCGGUCCAGGACCUGCUGGACGUGCGCUUAGGCCGGCUGGGCUGCUCGCUUACCGAGAUCCACACGCUCUUCGCCAAGCACAUCAAGCUGGACUGUGAGCGGUGCCAGGCCAAGGGCUUCGUGUGCGAGCUCUGCAGAGAGGGCGACGUGCUGUUCCCCUUCGACAGCCACACGUCUGUGUGCACCGACUGCUCCGCUGUCUUCCACAGGGACUGUUACUAUGACAACUCAACCACCUGCCCCAAGUGUGCCCGGCUCAGCCUGCGGAAGCAGUCGCUCUUCCAGGAGUCUGGUCCGGACGUGGACGCCUGAGGCCGAGGAGGACGCCGGGUGCCCCGCCAGGACUGCCUGUCCCUGACCCCGCUGGCGUUGCCAAAGUCGAGUUGGUGGUUCUGCUCUGGAGACCCCCGGGGUGAAGCCCACGGACCUCUCUAUCCCUGCAGGGGUAGGAGGUGGUGAGCAGGACUGUCGUCCCCCAGGUGCUCUGUGGUACCUGGGGUGGCAUCACCUGGCUGUUACCUGGUUGUGCUGCUGUGUGGGGUCCCCUUCCCCACUGCAGGACUCUGUGGGGUGAGGGAGGACUUCUAACUCCCCCCGCUGCACUUCCCUCUCUGUGCCCCUGGGCCAAGCCUCUGGGCCCUGGAGAUGCUGCGGGUCCUGCCCCAGCCACCCUGGAAACUCGUCCGGCCAAGACCCCCAGAGGGCUUCAGAGCAUGGUCGCUAAGACCUGAGGAUGCCCCGGGCCGAGUUUCGCCUGCAGUGAUGGUUUGGGUUCUACCCAGAGGCUCCCACUACCUCCGGCCACUUGUCUGUGGGGCUUCUGGUUGUCCCUGGCUGGGGCCAUGCACGGUGGUCUCCCAUAGACCUACCUCUGUCUUGGUCUCCUGAGGUUCUUCUAAGUGCUCCUGGGAGGUCAGGGAGGGAAGAGGCUGUGGCACUUUUCCCUCCUGGGCACACCUGUUGCUGCUCCUGCCAUGGCCCAGCCCACCUUACCCCGGUUCUCCAAGCUGGGAGGCUGGGGGUCCAGUCUGAGGAAGAUACCCCGGCCUCCAGGUGUGGUGCAGGACCUGUGCCCCAGUGGAGGUUCCAGGUUAGGCAACAGGGUCACUUACAGUAGGCCUGGGUGGCAUUUCUCAGGACUACAUUUGUCCCUGAGGAGUUCCGUCCUGCUACCUGUGGAGGGCUCUGGCUGGCUUGGCCUCAGGUCGAGAGCUGGGGGAUUUGCUCUCCUCCUCACCUGCCCCUCUGGAUGACAAAGUCUUUAAACAGAAUCACAUGUGGAUCUCACCACGAACCUGGGCGUGAGGCCUAGAGCCCAUGCAGAAGGAUGAGGGCAGGGGGUGUGGGAGGUCCCUCAUUCCAUGUGACAAAGGGCCCCUGGACAGCAGACGAGACCUACAGCUCUUCAGUGGGGACAGAGGCACACCUGGCCUCUGUGUUUGCACUUUAUAGGUCCUGCGUUGAGGGGCUGCAGGAGGGGACAUUUCGGGACGUGGCUUCCCAGUCUUUUGCCCCUGGGAAGCAGAGGCAGCUUGCAUCUGCCUUCCUCCUCCCCUCCCGGGACUGUGCUUGGCUGUUGGUGUGCAUGGUUGGCACAUGUGGGCAGAGGGCAGGGAACGUAGCUGCCGGGACAGCCAUCACCUAUUGCCGAGACGCCCAAGAGAGAUGCCUCAGUCAGCAGAAAGGCCAGCCUGGCUCACUGGCCCGCUGAAGGG